AUGAAGCGACGAAGACAGAGUCGCCGGCGAGGAGGAUACCUCAGCAACAACAGUAUGAGGUUUUUUCUGGUCCAGAUUCCGUUUGGUCACUGGAAGGUGGGAAUGCUGCUUUCUGCAGUAUUCCUGCACUGCUGUUGGGGAGACACAAGCAUGAGCAGCAACAACACCAUCAAUACAACGUUGUCCAUGAUGGAAGACCUGUCAGCAAUGCCCUUCAACAAUAAUCUGUCCUUGAGUACCGGUAACACUACUGCCUUGCAAGAUUUGCAACGAUUGCGGAUUGCUGGACUGUACGAUUUGACAAUUUUUCCAGACUGGCCGUUGCACUUGAUGCAAUUUACCAUUCAUCUCAUCAACAACAAGAGAGAUGGUUGGUACGACGACGUCUUGCCCGACGCCAUUAUGGAAGGGACCAUGAACGACUCGGCGUGUGAUCCGGACAUUGCCACACGAGCCUAUCUCGGCCUCACAAGAGAUGUCGAGUCCCUUCCAGCGGCGAUUUACGGAUGUCGGUGUUCCGGUGCCAGCAUGGCUGUGGCUCGAUUAUGUGGAAUUGAAAAUAUUGCCAUGAUGUCUCCCUACGCUUCGUCCGGAAAACUCAGUAAUGAAGAAGAGUAUCCCACGUUUUCAAGAACGGCAGGACCCGACAAUGAACAAGGUCAAGUAGGAGCCUUGAUUUCACUCCUCAAGGCGUUUGGAUGGGAUCGCAUUUCGGUCAUCAAUACGGACACUCAAUUCACAAAAGAUAUUGCACUCGAACUCAGCAAUGCAUGGAAGGGAAGACACGAAAAUGAGGAUGGAACCACAUUUGUCGGAGAAAUUGGGUACACGGAUACCAUCAAACUCAAUGGCACCACCAAUGAAGUUGACCCAGAAUCUGUACGACGAGUACUCAAAGGAGUUCCCGUCACAAACCCGGAAAUCAAUUCCAGAAUCAUCGUCCUGUUUGCGCAUCAUCAACAUUCCUAUCCCAUUCUAAAACAAGCCCAGGAAAUGCAUUUUCAACCCGACACGAUAUGGAUGGGUGUCAGUGAAUGGAUUGAUCGAGAUCCCGUCGACGGAGAUUCCAGCUGGAUGCCGGAUAUACCAGGAUAUAUCGGAUUGGCACCCUACCGAAAUUUGACUUCACCCUACUACAAGGAUUACCUGGCAAGAUUACAACAAUACGAAUGGAGACAUGGAUUACCCCUCACCGAAAAUCUAUACGACUUUGCAGCCGAUAAAAUUGUCGAUGGGAUGCUCGCAUUGGCAAUGGCGUUCUCCGCCGUUCCCAAAGAUCAGCGACAGGAUGGACGACUGGUGUCCGAGGAAUUACGAAAGCUGCAAUUCAAUGGUGUCAGUGGACCCAUUGCAUUUCAACCAAAUGGAGACUUUCUCAAUCCACGGUUCACCGUCAAGACGCUACGGUCGCGGGGCUUGGAAUGGACCGAUGCGGGAUUUGUGACGCCCGGAACGGCUCACGUCGAUUUUAGCCGCAUUUGUUAUCCCGUCACGGGAUGUGUGGACGCCGUUCCAAAUGACGAAUAUCCCGAGGCUCCAGAAGAUAUGUUGCCCUUUUGGGUAUGGGUCAUUCUGGCUUGUCUCAUUUUCAUCACCAUACUGUUGUAUCAUCAACGAUUGAAGAAUCGAUCGUUCAACAACCAGCUCCAGCGUAUCGAAAAUGAACUCCAAGCGCUCGAUAACAACAAUGACGCUGUCAAGGCACGAAAAGGUAGACUCUACAAGGAAGUUGCCAGUUUAUUGGGGCAACCGACGCCAGAGCAUUGGACAGAACAUCAUGGAUUGGUCAAUGUGCCACCGACGCAACAAGAAUACUGGGAUGUCCUGCACAAGUUGCGGGAGACGAUGAACGACAAUGAAACGUGCCAUUUGUCGCAACUCUCCAGGGUGCAAAACAUCGGGAUCUGGUCAUAUUACGUGUUCAGAAAAAAUCAACUGGUCAACAAAUAUGGGGUGGACAUGCAAAAUGAAAUGAUCAACGAGGUAUCAGUUUGGCAUGGAACCUCAUCUUUGAAUCCGGACGUUAUUUACAACGAUCGACAAGAUGGAUUCAUGAUGCAGCUAUCGCAACAGGGACAGUGGGGGAGGGGAAUAUAUUUUAGUGAACGAUCGGGUUACAGCGAUCCAUAUGCGUUCAAACCAAUGACCAAACACUCUGACGAUGUUGUGGGGCAGGACAGGGAGCUAUUCCUAGUCAAGUUGCUGGUCGGUGAGUCCGUCUUUCUAGAUCGGAACGAAGGUGAAUGGAUGCGCGAAGCUUGUCGGAAUCUGGUAAGGCCGCCUGACAAUCCGGCUCGCAAUGGCCUCAAGUUUGAUACAGUCAAAGGCGAAAUCGACGAUGAGAAAGGGACCAAUGUGUACGUGGUAUACGAAAAUGGUCGUGCUUAUCCAGAGUACCUUGUUCGCUACUACAAGGGGCCCCGAGAUAAGGAACGAACUCCGCAUGAAACAUUGGACGAAGCCUUGGAAGGAGUGAAGAGCCGACACUCAGAGAAUACACCGGUGGAAAGUGCCGCAACCACGCAACCCGAGGAAAUGGAGGAGGAGGAUGGUGGCGACGACGGCGGCGACAACGACGAUUCUAGUAGCGUUGUGUCGGGGCAAGCGAUCUGGCAAUUUGAAGAUGACAAGAAUCAAUGGAUAAACUAUCUCGAAGCGCACCAGAUUCAAAUUGAACAAGCGUAUCAACACGAUCCAGAUGGCAUCACCACAAUAGAGCACUUCCCCUGGACGUACAUUAUCGAUUUCACCGUCAACACUCAAACAAAUCUUGAUCACCCCGACAAGACCUCGAGAAAGGUUAGAAGGAUCAAGAUGUUGACGCAACAGCUAGACGACCGCAGUCGUAGCAGCAACCGGACACGUGACAACCAAAGCGACACGGGCAGCAACAAAAGCAACGCCCUGGAACCUCAGAGCGAGAAGGGCGCCCGUCAUGGCAGCUGGCAAUUCGCCCUGAGCCAGCUGCGGUUGAUGAGAUAUCAUGAUAGCGGCAGUGAUGACGAUUACAGCUAUUGGGGCAACAGGAGAUUCCAAACGAGAGAAGCCAGGACUGAGAGUGAAGGUCGCGGCUGGGCAUUUCGUUUAAACCCCCUCGACAGUGGCAGUAGCACCAAUGAUGCAGAAAACCAUUCCAGUUGGGCGUCCCGCUUGAAUCCUCUUGACAGCUUCAACAGCAAUCAUAGCGGCAGUCGCAGUGGCGGUCACAGAUGGUACCGAUGGAUCCAUAGACAGGAUAUUGAUGAUGGAGGCAGCGGGAGACGCAAAGGAAGCGGUAGCUGGUUCAAGCCAGCGAAUCCCAAGCAACACGACAGUGAUAAUCCAAGCGAGAGUGAUGGCGGAAAGGAAAACGUAAACGGCCAGGAGAACCAACAAGGUGUCGGCAAGAUGGACGUCCAGGAUGAGCAGGACAAUCAACCUGGAAGCGACCAAAGUGAAAACAGCUCGAGCCCUGUUAGCAGUGAGAUGGGUGGCAUAGCUAACGAAGUGAAUGAAAAGGUCAGCCUGAGUGACAGUGACAGCAAAGUACCUCACUCCGACACCCUAAGUGACAGCUGCAGGGGCCGCCAUUUGGGCUAUGUUCACGACCUCGAGAGUGAAGUACAUAAUGUAUCAACUCGGAUGGAUAGACCACUUCAAGAACUCAUCCGUAUGAUCGACAAUGCACCAAAUCCAAUUGAACGGUUGGACAGCUCGUCAAUCUCUGAAGAUGGAAGGGAGGAAGAGAUGCAAAUGAACUACGAAGACAACAACAGCAGCAACAACCAUGUCAUUCAAGUGAACGAUUUGGAAAGCGAGGACAAUGAGAGUCACGGGGCAAAAGACUACAAAGCGACUCCUUUGGGAGAAGAACAACCCGGUGAGAUGGACCAAGUGUGA